CUGCCAUGCUGCAUUCACCGGAGUAAAGAAUGUAUACGUAAUGUGGCACUUGUCACACGCAAGGCAGGAAUGACACCCCCUUGCUUGCACUCGAUAAGAACAUUCCCUCUCCCUUCUGACCACACCAUGGGAACGAGAUCCUUAAUUUCACUCGUAUAAGGUGGUCUCGGAAAUGGAGAUGAGAUUAGCAGGUUCGACAGGGAGAGAGGAGGUCAUCCCUAUUGCUUUGUAGCUUCCUGUUCUUGCCACUCUUCUUACCGGGAGGAGAAGGAUGGGAGCCCUUCCCCAACUGAUCGGUGACCGGAGGAGAAACUUCCAUCCUAGGGAAGAAGACAUUGGCCCUGUGAUCGAAGAGAUCGAGGGGCUCAUCAAAGUCUACAGAGAUGGCCAUGUCGAACGCCUGCCCGCUGUCGUCGAGGUUCCAUGCACGUGGGCCCCAGAGCCUGACGUGGUCAGCAAGGACGUGGCCGUCGGCCACUCCGCCGGCCUCUGGGCCCGGUUCUACGUUCCUGAGCUCCGGAAGCAGAAGCUGCCCUUGCUCGUGUACUUCCAUGGCGGCGGGUUCUGCGUCGGCUCCGCUUCAUGGAGAUGCUACCAUGAGUUCCUGGCCCGUUUGGCCUCGCAGGCGAGUUGCGUGGUCCUCUCGGUGAACUACCGUCUCGCCCCGGAGCACCGCCUGCCCGCGGCCUACGAGGAUGGCCUCGCGGUGAUGAGAUGGGUGACGCAGCAGGCGAGCCAUCGAGGUCCGGACGAGCUCGGAUGGUGGCGUGCCCGCUGCGACUUCGCUCGUGUGUUCCUCGGCGGAGAUAGCGCCGGCGCGGCCAUAGCCUACAACGUGGCCGUGCAGCUGGGAUCGCUCGGCGUGCCGGCCUGCCUCAGGGGAGUGAUCCUGAUCCAGCCUUUCUUCGGUGGGGUGGCUCGGACCUCGUCGGAGAAGAACACGAUGCAAUCUUCGAGAUCAGCGCUUAGCUUGACGACGUCGGAUUGCUACUGGAGGAUGGCGUUGCCGCCGGGCACCGAUCGGGACCACCCCUGGUGCAACCCCCUGGCCAAGAGCUCCCCCAAGUUGGAGGACUUGAGGCUUCCUCCUCUGCUAGUAUGCGUCUCGGAGUUGGACAUACUAAGGGACAGGAACUUGGAGCUCUGCGAGGCCAUGAGCAGCGCAGGCAAGAGUGUCGAACAGGCAAUCUUUGCUGGAGUUGGGCAUGCCUUCCAAGUGCUCCACAAUCACCAUACAUCUGACGCCCGGACCAGUGAGAUGCUAACACAUAUUAGGGCCUUCAUCAACAACCGGUAAAGGUGGAGAUGUUCUCUCGGUAGCCAAUGGAGUGCGUACAUUAGGAA